ACCGCCGCCGCCAUGAAGAAGCAGUUCAACCGCAUGAGGCAGCUGGCCAACCAGACGGUGGGCAGGGCCGAGAGAACGGAAGUCCUCAGCGAAGAUCUGCUGCAGAUCGAGCGACGUCUUGACAAUGUGAGGUCCGUCUACCACAAUUCCUACAAGCGCCUGCUGGCGUGCUUGCACGGCCAGUAUGGGACAGACACUGACAAGAGGCAUAAGAAGCUCCCGCUCUCAGCUUUUGCUCAGAACAUGCUCGAGGGCGCUUUCCAGCUGAGUGACGAGACCUUACUGGGGAAAAUGCUGGAGACUUGUGGUGAUGCGGAGAAUAAGCUGGCCCUAGAACUCUCCCACCAUGAGGUGCAGAUUGAAAAAGAGAUCUUGGAGCCAAUCAACCAGCUGACGGAGAUGGAAAUCCCCAACAUUCAGAAGCAGAGGAAGCAACUGGCCAAGCUAGUGUUGGACUGGGACUCUGCGAGAGCGAGGUGGAACCAGGCCCACAAGGCCUCGGCUGUGAACUUUCAGGGGCCCCCGUCGAAGAUGGACUCCCUCAAGGAAGAGGUGGACGAAGCAGGGAAUAAAGUGGAGCAGUGCAAGGAUCAGCUCGCGGCAGACAUGUACGGCUUCAUUGCCAAAGAAGGCGACUAUGCCCGCUAUUUCGUCUCGUUGUUAGAAGCCCAAGCAGAUUACCAUAGAAAAGCAUUAGCAGUCUUAGAAAAGGUGCUCCCUGAAAUCCAGGCCCAUCAAGACAAGUGGACGGAGAAGCCGGCCUUCGGGACUCCCCUGGAGGAGCACCUCAAGCGCAGCGGCCGGGAGAUCGCCCUCCCCAUCGAGGCGUGCGUGAUGAUGCUCUUGGAGACGGGCAUGAAGGAGGAGGGCUUAUUCCGCAUUGCCGCGGGGGCCUCCAAACUGAAGAAGCUCAAAGCAGCGCUGGACUGCUCCACCUCACAGUUGGAUGAGUUUUAUUCUGACCCGCAUGCUGUGGCAGGGGCCCUGAAAUCUUACCUCCGAGAGCUGCCGGAACCGUUGAUGACCUAUGCCCUCUACGAGGAGUGGACCCAAGUGGCAAACAUUCAGGACCAAGACAAGAAGCUGCAGGAUCUUUGGAGAAUUUGUCAGAAAUUGCCAAAGCAGAACCUGGCGAACUUCAGGUACUUGAUCAAAUUCCUGGCAAAGCUCGCCCAGUACAGCGACGUAAACAAGAUGACACCCAGCAACAUUGCUAUCGUGCUCGGCCCCAACUUGCUGUGGGCAAAGAAUGAAGGCUCUCUUGCGGAAAUGGCGGCAGCAACUUCGGUGCAUGUGGUGGCAGUUGUGGAGCCCAUAAUCCAGCACGCCAACUGGUUCUUUCCUGAAGAGGUGGAUUUCAAUGUGUCCGGAGCGUUCGUGGCACAGCCGGCCAUGAAUUCAAAUCACCUGCACACGGGGAACGACUACGAGUCGGGUGCAGCUGAGCGGAAGAGGCCCGUCAGCAUGGCAGUGAUGGAUGCUGACCUGGUGAAGGACAGCUUUGGUGUCAAGGUUUUGGACUUCCCGGCGAGCACCCGGCGAGGUGGCACUGUAAAUAGAAAGCACACAGCCCCGGCUUUCCAGCCGCCGCUUCCGCCCACGGAGGCUGGCCCGCUGGCUCAGGCUGUGGCAGAGCAGCCCCCGCAGGGCGCCGGGGCUGAGCCCGGCCUCUGGGGGGCUGCCCCUGUCCCCCUCCCUGGCCCAGCAGAGCCUUCCCACAGCCAAGGCGCUGAGGACAGCAGCCUUUCAAAAUCGAAAGACUCCACGCCCUCCACCACCCCUCCGCCCACCAGAAACGGCCGGCACGGAAGCGCCCCUCAGCCCCCUCCCCAGCUGGCCAGCAGCUCCAGCCAGUCGUUGCUUGGGCAGCCGCAGGUCAACGCUGGGCCCAGUCCCCAUACGCUCAGGCGAGCUGUCAAAAAGCCCGCCCCAGCGCCUCCGAAGCCUGCCAACCCGCCUCCCGGACAGCCCGGGAACCAGAGCUCCAGCCCAGGCCCUCCACCGCCCUCCGUGACCCCUAAGCCGGCCGCCAGAAGCCCUUCUCCCCCAAGCCAGCAGCCCAGCCUGGGAGGCGGCCAGCUGCCCCCCGCUGCCCCCCAGGCCUCUGCGCCUCGGAGAUACUCCAGCAGCCUCUCCCCCAUCCAUGCCCCCAGCCACCCCCCGCCCCAGCCUCCCGGGCAAGCCUCUACCCCUCCUCUGCAGCCCAAGGGUGGCAGCCUGGGGUCUUCCCCAACGGCGGCACCUGGCUCCGAGGCGGCACCCAAGCAGCCCUCUCCCACCCCUCCUUGCACCCCCAGCCCCCCCGACACACCGCCCCCGGAGAAGCACGCUGCCGCCUCCCCAGCCUCUCUGGCUCCAGCCCAGGAAGCCCCAUCGGCUGCCUCGCCCCCUCAGACCGGCACGCUGCCGAGGCCGAGGCCUGUGCCCAAGCCGAGGAACCGCCCCUCCGUCCCCCCUCCGCCUCAUCCUCCUUCUCACCCGGCUGCUGGAGAGGGUUCCCUUCCAGGAGCCCCCCCAACUGCAUCCCGCAUCGUCACUGACUCCGCUUCCAGUGUUCAAGAGCUACCGUCACGGGGCCUCCCGGCCACAGAACCGCCCUCAGCAGAGUCCAUGGUUUUACCAGGUCAGAGUUCUCACAACCACCUUGUGCUUGACAUUGAUCACGAUACCGAAAGCACUGCUCUGUAAAAGAAACAAACCACUCCAGCACACACAGCCCUUCCUAUCCCAGUGGGAACCAAACCAGUCAA